AUGGAUGUCAUAGAUAGAGGUGCAGUGCUUUCCGGGAGUGGUCACGUACAGCGAGAUGCCAGCCAGCAUGGGGAUGUAGCCAUUCUCGACUUGUUCAGUGGUAUUCAGCGCGCGCGUCUUGAACUUAGAAGCUGUGGUAUCCCAGUAUUCCUCCAUCAGCGUCCAAGCUUCGUCAGAUAUACCCUGCGCACGAAUAGCACAGUGUCCGCGGGAGACCCUAUAUCAUCGAUACGUUAUAACGCACUGCCAGUGGAGACUUGUUCACCUGGAAAUGGUGCGCUUGAGAGGUCCACGGAGUGGGGUUUCUCGACAUCUGUCGCAGACUUUGACGUUCAUGUCGUUCGGAAGGAUCUAAGUAGUCUGUACGGACAAGGGUCCAAACGGUUGCAAGGGGAUACUUACCACAAUGCGGCUCAAGAUUUCCGCAAGGCUACAAGGCGGGCCGUAGUGAGCUCUCGCUUGCGUCAGUACAUCGCGUUUAUCCAUUCUAGAGACAUGGGAAGUGUUAAUGUGCCCGCUGUCCUGCCGCACACGUCUUCAUCUGCCCCGUCGGAAAACGCUGGACGCUGCAUAUCUCCUAACGAGAACGAGCACGGAAACGUCGAAGGCACAGACUCGCUCACGUACACUACCGCAAAGACCAUGCGAAGGGCGAGCUUCGGUUCACUCCCACUCGAACUCAUGCUGGCGAUUUUCCUUUUCGCGCAAGUGGACUACUGGCCCACUUUUGCUGUUCACUGGGGUUCGCAAAGCUGUUGCGGGUGGCUGAUCUGGAGAUUGGUGUGCAGAGAGUGGCGGGACCUCAUGAAUGAGAGCGGUGAACUGUGGUGCCAUGUUGUGGUCACUUCGAAGUGGGAGUGGGUUCAUAAAGUCCUGGAGAGGUCAGGGACUCGCCCCAUAACGGUCAGGUUGUCUGCUUCUGGUUCGCCAAAUCCCUCGCUGCUACGAGAUCACCGGAAUCGAAUCAUCCGCCUGAUUCUGCGCGACAUAACCCAAGAAACCAUGAACGAGGUUAUGAACGCGGGAUUCCCUAAACUGGAGGAGAUAGAGAUCACUGGCGAGGUCUGGACAACGGACCCCCUGGUAGACGUCGAAUGGAACGGUGACGCUUUCACGAACGAGUCCAAGCUUCGUUCGCUCUCCAUAUCCCGCGUCACGAUGUCCCCUUCACGUAUAUUGCGGUUCCAGAACCUAUCUUCCCUGCUCCUAGGGGCUGGAGACGACAUAUUGUCCUCAGUCGACUUUCUCAUGGCGACUCUACCCUUCCUCCCCAAGUUACGGACCCUGGAGCUGACGGUGCAGAUUAAUACGAGCAGGGGAAUACGAAGGGUGGGGUUGGAUGAGCUACGGCGGUGUAGAGUUUCCGGGACUGGAUCCAGUAUCACGACAUUUCUUGAUCUGUUCGAGAUGCCGCAGGUAGUAGACGUGGAUUUCGACGUAGAGACCCGUCUGGACUUGGCCGCGGAGGAACAAUUCUGCAGAGCGGUCAUACCGUACGUACGGCGAUUUGACAGUGUGGCAAAGAGGAUGGGUGUCACGGUACAGAAGAGCUAUGGAUCGGUCGUCACGGUACAGGCGGAGCUCGGGGAGAACAAGUUGCGGAUCACCAUCCCUAUUCCAUCGUCAUCGUUUCUGAGCUCUACCACAGAGCUGAUGAAGUCUUUGGGAGUAUCUGGAGUUGAGUGCUUGGCGUUGAGGAGCGGGACGACUGAUUCAGGGGAAUAUGUAGUAGACGAGGGUUGGGGCCAUUUCUUCGACCUCACGGCCGGCCUGAAGAAGCUCACCAUGUCGGGCUAUGGUGACCGGUGGCAUCAGCUUGGGCUCUUAGUUGGGGGGUGCGAUACGUCCGAGGAUGGGAAUCUUUUACCUUGGAGUUCCUUGGAGGAGGUGAAUAUGCGAUCUGGUUUUUGGGUCAAAGUCGAGGUUGCCGAUGUCUGGGUACAGGGACUUCGCAACAGACAGGAGCGGGGCGUUGGGCUGAGAUCUCUGUCGAUUUCGAGGUGGGAGAUGCAGGCGAGUGGUUUCUAUGGGCGUGCUUUCCGGGACGUAGUGCAGGAUUUGGAGUGGAAUGUGGCGAGGCCCGGUAAGACAGAGGAGCUGAGCUGUCGCCACGCUGAUCAAGCCAGACUUUCUUCAGACGAGGGAUACAGGGUGGAGGAAACGAUCUGGGACGAAAGGGCCAAAGGGUUCGGUCUUGCUUGGGAAGGGAAGCUGAAGACCUUUGUGCCGGCAAGUACUGUUCCGUUCGCUCCGCUUUUGAGUGAUCUGCGUACUGACGCCAACCUCCCAGCAGAGUUGGGAUAA